AGAAGCACAAUGGGCCGCAAGAAGGUUCUGGCAUCGAGAGAGACGACUGAUUACGCAGAGGAGCGGAGCGGAUCGCAAGAGAAGAAUGGCGGACAAUAAGUUGUACGAGGCUUUAGGCGUUUCAAGAGGAGCUUCCGACUCCGAAAUUCGUCGAAAUUAUCGCAAACUCGCCAAGGAGUACCAUCCUGACAAAAACCCUGCUGCUGGAGACAAGUUUAAAGAAAUUUCUUUUGCCUACGAAGUUUUGACAGAUCCUCAAAAGAGGGAGAUCUAUGAUCGCCAUGGCCUUAAAGGACUACAGGAAGGUGGGGAUAGUGGUUUUGGAUUUGGGCCAGAAGAUCUAUUUGGCAAUUUCUUCGGGGGGGGCGGUGGACCGUUUGGCGGACUGUUUGGUGGCUUUGGUGGUGGGGGUAUGAGGGGACAGAGAAGAGGACCCAGAAAAGGAGAAAACACUAUUCAUCGACUAAAAGUAACUCUCGAAGAUUUAUAUAAUGGCAAAAUAUCUAAACUUCAGCUAUCAAGAAAUACUGUCUGCACAGCUUGUGGAGGAAAAGGUGGUCCAGCUGGUGCUCUCCAACCUUGCCGGACAUGUAAUGGUCGGGGCAUUAAAAUCACUGUUACUCAGCUUGGACCCGGUAUGGUUCAACAGAUGCAAAGCAGGUGCCCGGAUUGCUAUGGAGAAGGUGAGGUGAUUAAUGAAAGAGAUCGUUGUCAGUCAUGCCUAGGUCGCAAAGUCACACAACAAACCAAGAUACUGGAAGUGCACGUAGACAAGGGAAUGAGAGACGAGCAGCGUAUUACUUUCCAUGGUGAAGGAGAUCAAAUGCCGGGAGUAGAGCCUGGUGAUGUAAUCAUUGUUUUGCAGGAAAAGCCUCAUGAGACCUUUCAACGUAAUGGAUCUGACUUGCUCAUGAAAUACACAGUAUCAUUAACAGAGGCCUUGUGUGGGUUUAGCAUGGUGGUUAAGCACUUAGACGGCAGGAAUUUGUGCAUCAAACACCCUCCUGGAUCUGUUUUAGAACCAGGUUGUGUGCGUGGAGUGCUUGGCGAAGGUAUGCCAAUGUAUAAGAACCCAUAUGAGAAGGGUGAUCUAUAUAUACGUUUUGAAAUAGCAUUCCCUGAAAAUUAUUUCACUACUGAGGGAAAAUUAAAGGAGUUGGAGAAACUUCUUGGUGGCAGACCUGCUCCAGUACCAAUUCCUGCAGAAGCUGAAGAAGUUAAUAUGACUGAAUUUGAAGGCCAGGGGCCAGGGGGACCCAGGGGACAUGCCUAUGAUGAGGAUGAUGAUCAUCCUCACAUGGGUCAACAUGUACAAUGUGCUCAUCAGUAGUUUGUCUUUGAGGUAUUACAAUUCAGCAAUGGUCAAAGCCCCCUUAAUGAUGGGAAGCCAACAGUUUGAGCUACAGAGUUCAGUACUUAUUUCACAUGCCUGUUACUAUUAUGUGGAAUGUGCUGAUAGUAUCAUAAAAGGUAAAAGGAGGUUAUGCAUAAACUUUAGCGCAUUUGAGGUCGUUUAUAUAAUAUGUAUCAUUAGUUUGAUUUCCAGCUUGUUUUGUUCCAACUUACUCUUCUACUGAUGGGUUUGAAAAGGUGAAAUUGUUUAAGAUAGAUGAUCUGCUUAAAAACUAUGUAGGUUGGAUUAGGAGGCAAUUUUUUUUUAAGUCAGUGUUGAGUGUGAAGUAAUUUAUUGAUGUGAGCGAGUGUAAUCCAGGCAAGUAUGUUUAAUUUGGUGAAUUGCUGCUUGUAUAUGGUAUUAAGAUUUGAGACAAGGCUCUAACUGGUAAUGUUUACAUCUGUAGGGCUCCUUAUAACAGUCCCUUGCCUAUUGUUACCUGUAUUUUGAAUUGGUAUUGUUUUUCCUAGGAAAGGGGUUGCCAAUUCUGUAAUGUCAAGCACCAUCAGAUAAUUUUUAUAGUUCUGCACGAAUAAGAGGCUAAUAUCUUGUGAGUGGUUAAUGACGCUGUUUUAUUCUUCAAUAAUAAUCAUCAUUUCUUAUAUUGGAGGGCCAGGAGGAAACCUUGUUUUUCCAGUUAUGGGACAUGACUUAAAUUUUGUUCUAAGGAUUUAUUUUUGUAGAGAAAUCUUUUGAUAGCAAAUUUCCUUAUGAGGACAUUGCCAGUGUUGAAAUGCAUUAAGGAGAAUUUAUACCUGAUUCACGUACAUGAUACUAUAGUAGUUUCUCUUUUCACAAUUUUGCAUAUAUAUAUGUAUGUACUUGUAUAUAUUUUUGUCUAUAUAUAGCCAGAUUAACAUUCCUUACGUAUGAUAACUUUGUAAGUUAUCAUUGUUACUUUGUGAAUCAGUAAACUUUUUCAUGGUAUAAUUUAGAAGAUUUGUAUUUGGAAAACCUCACAGGAUAUAAUAUUAAAAUUUCAUUCAUGAAAAUUAACAUUCACUAAUUCAAAUGUACAGUUUUCAGCAGUCAACUCAGAGUAGUGAAAACAUUUGUGAAUGCAUCAUAAGCAAAAAGGUGAAAUGGGGUUUCUUUGUUAGAUUACAGUGUACUUCCCUAAAGGCGAGGCUAUCAUCAGUAUUGCUCUGCUUCAUACAGAUAAGCAACAUUUAAAAGACAAUGCAAAGUGAAAUUUACCCCACUAAUGUGUGAUUGUCAGUGGCUUAAGCCUGUAUUUAUUACAGCAAGGUGAACAGUUGAGGAAGAUGGAGAACUUUUAUAUUUGGGCUAUCAUAAUCUGCAAAGAACAGAAUCUUUAAACUGUCAAAGAGGUGGCCAUAAUAAAUUAAGUAAGUCUCAUGGAAGUUUUUAAAAUUAAAACAUAGAUUGAAUUGUGUUUGAAGAACAGUGGUGGUAGUUUUUAAUUUUUUUUUUUGAUGUUCAUAAUCUGAGUAACAAUGGCAUUGUGUAGGCUUGUAGGAAAUUGAUCAGGGAUUUUGUUUAGUAAGGUAUAAGUUCUUUGUCACUUGUGUUUGAAUAUAUUUGAUAGUGGGAAAUAUGUCAUCAUUGAAAUUGCUGUAAAGUUGGCAACUGUAAAAUAUAAUUAUAAAACCUUAGAAGAAAUCUAUUUGUAAAUACAGUAAACAAAAACAAAAAAAUAUUGUAGCCAAUGGCAAAACAAUUAAGGGUUUUGUGAUAGGAAGUAAUGUACCAGGCUUUUGCGUUUCUUAGCAUUGACAAGAAUAACUUAUAUUUUGUUUGUCACAUUUCUUAUGGUAAUUUACUUUCAUGGGACUAAUAACAUAGAUAUCACCAAGUGUAGUAUCCAUUUUAAAUUAGUGUAUGGAUCGUCAAUACACUUGAUGCUCAACAGUGAGAAUAUAUAUUAUUAUAACAGAAUCAGAAAUAUUUGGAUGAUUAGGAUUCUGUAUAUUUGGUAGAUCUUUUUGUUUUUUUGUUUUUUGCAUUUUUGUCAACUAGAAAGAAAAGCUAUUUAGUGUAUUUUUUUUCUUUUUUGAGUUGGACUGAUAUAUAUAAGUUUUUAUCUUUUUUAUUUUGAUGAUCAAAACUAAUGUUGCUUGCAGAAUUUAUUUCACUACAUUGUUCAGCUGGCCAUAUAAGUGGCGGAUUACUAGGGGCAUUUAGUUGCUACUGUUUAGCAGAGUUAUGUUUAUAGUGUUCAAGGAUAAGUACAUUGUAGAGAGUUCAUAUAAUUUUGUCUUCAAAAUAUGUUUACAAAGAGCAUUCACGUAUCGUUCACGACCAUGGACGGUGCUUCGAGAAGAUAAGGUGGGUGGAGCUUUAGAAUAAGAUAAGAAAUUUUAGAUUCUACCCAGUUUUGUAUUACUACACUUGAGCUGAACAGCCAAUACAAUAGAUUCUUGUUAGUUUGUUACACUUUCAAAUAUUAUUUUUGAAAGAAUUGGGCUCUGUACCAUCCUAUUACAAUGUUCAUUUUUAAGCCUUGUUUUAUCUACCCUAUACUAUUCGUUAUCUGUGAACUUUUAGGUUAGGAAUUUCUAGGGUGGUAAGGAGCACUUUUCUUUCUUGUAAAGCAUGUUUGUUUUACAUCGCUAUCUCAUAUUCUCUUGUGUGCACACUUUGUGUUUAGUUUCUUGGAAACAAUUAAAAUGUAUAGAGGACUUAA